AUGGAACAAAGAAAUGAAUUACCAAAGCAUAUGCCUGUCGAUAUGGCAUUAGCUCCUGACCAAAAGCCUUAUGAACAUACGCAUGUCAUACACACAAGCAAACCCACCUCGGAAGAAAAUAGGCUCGCUCAACACAGUCUCUCUCCAGAAAAACUAGGCGUUGUAGGUUAUGUAAAGGAUGUCGCAGGGUUUGUAAAGGACGUGGUUCACGAGAGAAGAUCUGCUCGUAGAAGCUCUGCUUCGUCAGUAACAUCUGCUUCUGAUAAGCCAUUGAUUGAGCAAGAAACAGCAGCGGGAACAGGAGAAGAAAAGCAAAGACGAAGAUCCUCUGCUGAACAUGUGUUGCAACAACAGCAAAAGGAACAGCAACAACAAAAACAGCAACAACAACAUCCUUCUGGUUUAGCAGGCGCUGUAACUGGUUUAUUCCCUGGUGUAGGCAAUAGCAAUGAAAAUGCUGCUGGUUGUACUCAUGCCGAUGAUCUCCGUAACCAGAUGAUGCAUAUUAACAGCGAAGAAAAUAAUCGUAAGAUUUUGUAA